CUGUUCCAGGCGCUCGGGCGGCCCGAGGUCGAGUCGGCCGCGCGCGCGAUGGAGAAGGGCGACUUCGAGCGGGGCGACGUGCUCAUCGAGCAGGGCGAGGCGGGCGACGCGUGCUACAUCGUCGACCGGGGCGUCGCCGACGUCUGGGUCGACGGGGCCAAGGUCCACGCCUACGGCGAGCGGGGCUUCUUCGGCGAGUGGGCGCUGCUCCGCCACGAGGUCCGCGCCGCGACGGUCACCGCGGGCAGCGACGACCUCAGCGUCUACCGGCUGGACAAGGACGACUUCGGCGCCAUCAUCGAGGAGCGGGACCACCUCGAAGAUCUCAUCCGCGACCAGAAGUUCUUCGAGAAUUUUGACGAUGAAAAAGUAGCGAAGAUCGCGGCGGCGUGCGCGCACGCGGCCUACGCGGACGGCGAGGAGAUCGUCACGCAGGGCGCCGCGGGCACGUGCUGCUUCCUCCUCGACAGCGGCGAGUGCGUCGCCAAGAUCUCCACGGGCUCCGACGUCCAGAUCGUCAAGCGCUACACGUCCGGCGACCUCUUCGGCGAGGUCGCGCUGCUCAAGCGGUCCGUGCGCGCGGCGUCCAUCGAGGCCGUGGGGAGCGUCGCCGUCUACACGCUGAGCCUCUACGACUUCGAGCGCCUCUUCGGG